AUGACGGACCUCGAUCUUUUCCCGCGAGGCAAGAGCGCCGCCGCGGCAGACGCGACAGCAUCGUCCAGCACGUCCAAGUCGAGCAGCGGCAAGCGAGAUGCUCGAAAACGCAAGUCUUCCGGGGCGGCAUCGCCUGAAGACAGCAGUAAGAAGGGCAAGGGGGGUAAGGACAAGGACUGGCUCUUCGGCGGUGGCGGUGGCGGUGGCGAUCAACAGCAGAGCAGGCCUUCGGUGCCAGGCAAGAGACCUCGUGGCGAGAGCAGUGCAUCGAGCCCCGGCAGUAUCGGUGCAUCGAAGGGAAAGAAAAGAGGCUCAGCCGGAAGCGAGGUGGGGUCGGGUAUGCUGGUAGAGCACUCCGGAAGGGCUCCUCGACUUGAGAUGGUUUCCUUCAAGAAGCUCAACAAGGGCACUCUUGCCAUGGGAGUCGUCUUCAAGGUCCGUGGCUCCGCUAAUCUGUUUUUUGAAUGUACUUUCGAUCCGUCUCUCAUCUGCCCUCUUGCCACCUCUUUUCCUCCCGCCCUCCCUCACGCCCUUUCUUCCUCCCGCCCUCCCUUACGCCCUUUCGUUCUCCCGCCCUCCCUCACUUGUCAGAUCAAUGAACACGACAUGGUGGUCUCCUUGCCCAGCAGCCUAACGGGCGUGGUUCGACGUCAAGAGGUGAGCGACUACUUCCACCAGAAGGCCGCAAGCGCGAAGAACACCGGCUCCAAAAGAGCUGGCGGCCGAGGGAGAUACUUCGACGAAUCACAGACUGGCGAGAAGCCCUUGACCCACCUAUUUCGCGAAGGACAGGUUGUCCGCUGCGCCAUCAUCAGCCUGGCGAAGGAAGCAAAAGGCCGUCACAUCGAGCUGUCCCUUCGCGCCUCGUUGUUGAACAAGGGGUUGUCGCUGUCCCAGCUGACGAAGGGAAACGGGGUGUACGGCUCAGUGGCGUCGGCGGAGGACCAUGGGUACGUGGUCACUCUUGGCCUGGAUGGCGUUACCGCGUUUCUCCCGAAAAAGGAUGGUCCCAAGGAGGGCCUCGAACCGGGGCAGCCGGUAGAGGCUACGGUAAAGGCUGCUGCUCGCACGGUCACUCUGACAGCAGAUCCUUCGCUAGUAUCGUCAGCUGUGACCCAGGGCACUUCCUUCGACCUUCGCUCUCUCAAGCCCGGAAUGCUCGUCGAUGCCAUCGUUGACAGCGUGCUCUCCAACGGAAUCCUUGUUAGGGUGAGUUUCCUCGGCUACUUCGCUGGGUGCGUGGACCACAACAACAUGCCCCUAGUCUCCGCCGACGGCAAGGACGAGCCCAAAGGAUGGCGAGCGCUCUUCAGACCGGGACCAGAACCUGUCCGCGCUCGAGUUCUGCUGGUGGACUACGUGAACAAGGCUAUCCGCCUGACUUUUCGACCUCAUCUGAUGGAGAUGAGAGCACCGUCUGGCUUGCCGCCGACCGGGGCAUUGUUGGAUGGGGAGGUCGUCAGGGUUGACCCGGCGUUGGGCCUUCUCCUCACGGUGCCGUCAACGGAAAAAGACGACGGAAGCGAAGUUGCCGGCAACGCCCCAGCCGCCAAGAAGGAAAGAGGGCAGGGCCGUCGAGAACGUCGAGCGGCGGUGGCAGCAGCGUCAGCAUCAGCAGCAGCAAGAGCAGCUGGCGGCGACGAAGACGACGGAGAUGAUGAAGAAAAGAAGUGGAAGACCAUCGGCGCAUACGUGCACAUCUCCCGCAUCUCCGAUGAGAGGGUGGAGCACGUGGAGAAGUCGUACAAGCCUGGACAAAAGGUCCGGUGUCGCGUUACGGGAUCCUCGCUGGUUGAAGGCUGGGCGGCGGCGUCCCUCCGACCCUCCGUACUGUCGGCGGCCGUGCUGCGGUACGAAGACCUCCAACCGGGUUCCCUUGUGGAGGGGGAGGUCGCGGCGGUUGAGGCGUUCGGUCUCCUCGUGAAGCUGGGAGAAGGUGUUCGAGCCCUGGUGCCCAGGAAUCAUCUGGGAGACGUGACCAUCAAGAACCCCAAGGCUCGCUUCAAGGUUGGAGCGCGUGUAAAAGGGCGAGUCCUGACAGUGGAUCCAGGGUCGAGCAAGUCCACCUUGACCCUAAAGCGCUCCCUGGUCAAGGACAAGCGGGAGGUCAUCUCAACGUACACGGAGGCGAAGGAGAGAGAGGGUACGGCGUGCACGGGUUUCGUGACCAAGGUGGCUCCGUUCGGGCUGCAUGUGUCGUUCUAUGGGAACGUCUUCGGACUGCUACCCUCCAAGGCCCUUACCAAGCAUGGCAUCCAAGAUCCUUCGGAGGCCUUCACCGUAGGACAGGUGGUCGGCUGUGUGGUGCGAUCGUGCGAUGUGACCACCUACCCUCCCAAGCUUUCCCUCUCUCUCGAUGUUGCUGGGAAGACGGAGGAUAUGAGCGGCACCGUUGCUGCUGAGGAGGACGAUUCGGAUGGCGAGGGAGCAGCAGCAUCGUGUCCGUUCUCUCCCGGUGACAUAUUGUCCGGAGUCGUCUCUGCCACCCAAGACACGGAAGGCAAGGUAGUCGUCGACCUCAACCUUCCGGCUGACACCACUCCUGGGGAAACGUCGUCGGAAAAGAAGAAAAAUAUGAAAUCUCGAGCCAAGCAGGCGGCGGUAGCCGCGACCGUGCGGGGGGUCCUUCCGUACCCCCACUUGGGCGAUCACGCUUCCGUGUGCGGGAAGACCCUUGCGGCAGAAUUAACCCCCGGGACUGUCAUCGACCAGCUCCUGGUGCUCGAAGUCGACAAGAUGGGGACGCCCAUGGUGACCCUCAAGCCUCUGCUUCUGUCGGCAGUCGCCCGCAGCGGGGAAGACAAGGAGGCGUUUAUGCCAGGGGCUACGUCGGACGUUACCCCUGGGGACCUAAUCGCUGGGUACGUUAUCCGGGUGGAGUCGUUCGGAGUGUUCGUGAGGUUCUUGGGCAGGUUCACGGCGCUGUGCCCGCGGUCCAUGGCGGCGGACCGGAUGGUGCAAGACCCUCGUGGGAUGUUCGAGGAAGGCGACAGCGCAAGGUGUGUCGUACAGCGUGUGGACGAGGACACUGGGCGCUUGGUGGUGACCCUUGACCGCACCACGGUACCCACCUCCCCAGGCCUCUACCUCCGAUCCCUUCUCUCGGAGACCUUCGCUUCCGCUGCUGCUGGUGCUGCAGCAACGGCUACCGACAACCCUGGCGGAGGCGAAGGCGCUGAUGCUACCGCAGAGGUAGCUCGGCCUUGGGGGCGGCUUGAGUUUGGGUCCACGACGAACGCGGUGGUGGUUGCGUUGAAGGAGUACGGGGUUGUCUUGAAGGCGAAGGCGUCGAGUGGAAAGCGGGACAAGGACAAGGGGGGGCAGCUGAUGGUGUGUCCUCUGGAGCACUCGAUGGACGGUGUUGAGGAGGGGAACGAGGUCAAGGUUCGUGUGAUAGGGAUGGACCUGGAGAAGGGCGUCGUCGAGGUGACAAUGGACACCGACCUUGUCAAGGCUGGGCGUUCGAAACGCCUCCGGGCGAUGGUCCCGCUAGACCCAGGGGAGACCGUUCCCGCGAAGGUGUUGGUGGCCAAGCCCAAUGCCAAGUGGGCGGUAGCCGUCUCCGAUGAUGGACAGGGCCGCCUCUUCGUCCUACAGGUGGCAGAUUUUCAUUGUCCUCACCGAACCUGCGAAGACGCCGGCCUCUGCCCAGGCACCCCGACUGCUGACCCUGCCGACCUCUCGUCGUGCGAAGCCAAAAGAAAAACCUUCGUGGCUAGAGUGGGGGAGUCGUUUACACCAGGCCUCGAGGGCUAUUGGGAGACAAGGGAAGACAUGGGAGCCAGUGGUUGCAAUCCUUACGCCGGAGCGGUGCUGGUUGUCCAGGAGGAUGCCGGGAACACGGGCAAGCGAAAGAGCCGUCGCAGUACUCGUGGAGAACACCUGGAUCUGGGGGAAGGUGCGAAUAAUGGCGAAUGUGGUUCAGAUGGUAGUCAAGACGCCGCGGCGCUCAUGAAGGCUGGCAGGGUUCCGCUCGGCAAGAUCAAGACGGGGGCGAAGGUGGUGUGUGAGGUUCGGUCCGUGCACUGGGACCGGCUGGACGUGAAGGUAGCAGUCCGGUAUCCCAAGAGCUAUGGGCCGUCCUCUGGCAAAGUCCGCAAUCGACAGGCAAGCGGCGACGGCAAUGUGGAUGCGGACGGUACGAGCAAAGGCAGCAAUAAGAGGAGACGAGAGGAGAUAGACAAAACCAAGGCCCAGGAGGCAAAGCCUCCGCCUGAGCCUGAGCCUGAGCCUGACGCGAAGGCCAAGAAACACCGCAAGCAAAUGGUCCGGAUUCGAGCCAAGAUCCAUUGCACUGCGGCCGGACUGCCGGGGCUUGACGGUCCUGCGGAAGGACAGGGGAACGACACCGCCGGAGGUGGUGUGGCCGACCUGCCUCAGUGGCAUCCGCUGGAAAAGUUCCACGUUGGACAAGUUCUGACAGCCCGAGUGCUCCACUCCGAGGACAUGGUUCAGAAGGACCCCAAGUCCGACUUCGUCUUCCGACUCCUCGAGUUGGGACUAGUGGACCGCGGCGGCACUGUCAGCAUGGGCCAAUUGAGGCUAGGCGAAGGCGAAGGCGAAGGCGAAGGAGAAGGCGAAGGAGUUGUAUCUGUGGGGAGAGUGCCUGCGGUGCCGUGGUGGGGAGAGUGUCCCCCCAAGACUGGGGAAGUGCACAGGGGUGUCAUCACGGAGGUCGCAGAGCACGGAUUGCUGGUGUCGUUGUCCAACUCGGUUCGUGGCUUGGUGCCAUUGGCAAAUAUCAGCUCUGACAGGUCUAACGCGACAGUCACCGCCAAGAAGCUGGGCGAAAUGUUCAAGACGGGAAUGGGACUCCGGGUUCUUGUUGGGAGGGUGGAGGAGCAACGACGACGUCUCAUUCUGUCUCUCGUCGGCAAGUUGUUUGUGUGUGUCCCCGGCCGCGACACGCUUCCAGACUCAGCCCUCCCGGCCAUGUCCCCGGAUUUCCAAGCGGAUGCCGAUGCCGAUGUCAAGGCGAAGAAGGGGGAGAACCAGACCUCAGAGUCCCCUGAUGUCGGGGAUGUGGUAGAGGGCAGGGUGGACCUUACCGUUAGGGCAUGGUCCCCUCCAUGCGUGAUGGUGAGGUUGGACGGCGGCGGUAUCGGGAGGGUGUGCGUGACGGAACUGUCGGAACAAGAGGCUUGGAAGGACAAUCCCGUGGGGCGUGUGCAGGACGGUGCUCGCGUCAAGUGCAGGGUGCUGCCCCCUUUACCGACGAGAUCAACAGAAGCGCGUUCCAAAUCACAAAGGCGGCGGUCUGGCGGUGACGAUGGAGAGGAUGAGGAUGGUGAUGGGGACGGUUACAUGGGACCAGUGGAGCUAUCGCUACGACCGUCGAGGGUUGAGGCACCGAAGAAGAAGCGAAAAGAAGCCAUCAAGAGGGAGCCUGCCCCGAAAGUCGGGUCUACCGCUAAGUGCUACGUUGUGGCAACCGGCAAGUCGGGCUGCUUCGUCAUCCUCGACGGGGGCGUGUCUGGCAGAGUACUGCUCAAGCACCUGUCAGACCGAUUCGUCUCCGACCCAGCGCAGGAGUUUCCUCCGGGGAAGCUCGUCGCGGGGAAAGUUCUUGCCAAGGAUAAAGAGACGGGGCGCGUAUCGCUGUCCCUCAUGCCGUCCGACGUGGUUGAAGGGGAGGGAGGUGCGCUCACGUGGUCGAGUGAGAUUCUCAAGCCAGGGCUGAAGGUGAAGGGCACGGUGGAUACCGUCAAGGACUUCGGCGUGUUUAUCCAGAUUCAAGACUCCAAGGUGCGAGGGAUGUGCCACCGAUCUGAGGCUGCUGACGAUACCAUCGACGACCUAAACCAUGUGUAUGAGGCGGGAGAUCUGGUGAAGGCCGUCGUUCUCAAGGUAAACAAGGGCAUGAAGCGGCUGAGCCUCGGUCUCAAGGCAAGUUAUUUCGCAGACGAUGUGGACAGCGACUCGGACGACAGCGGAACGGGCCAAGACGGGGGUGAAGACCUGGACAAUGGCAACGCGGCAGACAGCAGCGAUGCCAAUGACGACAUUGUGGCCGCAGCAGCGAUGCAGGUGUCGGACGAUGGGGAAGACGAGCAGGAGGACGAGAGCGAGGAGGAAGAGAGAGAAGACAGCGAUGAUGACGAGAGCGAGAGGGCCACCAAGAGAGCAAAAGGUGGUGUUCUGGGCGGGGGUCUGGGUGUAGACAAGGUUGGGGUGGCUAGUGCCUUCAGUCUCAACUUCGGCGACCUGGGUAUUUCGAUGGGCGUUGCCGGCGCGAGCAGCGACGAGGAGGAAGACAGCGACGACGACGAUAGCGAUCAGGAUCGGGGUGUGUCGGGGAGUAAGAGUCACCGAUCUCGCAAGAAGGCCAAGGAGAGGAGAGAGGAGGAGGACCGCAUCGCCGCUAGGGAACGAGCCCUGCAAGACGAGGAUGCGGCACCAGAGACGGCUGGCGAUUACGAAAGGCUUCUGGUGGCGACACCAAAUGACUCCCUUUUGUGGGUGAAGUACAUGGCCUUCAAUCUCUCCCUCGCUGACGUUGAGGGUGCUCGUGCGGUGUGCGAGAGAGGGCUGAAGGCGGUGUCUUUCCGAGAGGAGCAAGAGCGGUUCAACCUGUGGGUCUCGCUCAUCAACCUCGAGCACAAGUACGGCAGUCGUGCCACCCUCAAGACCGUGUCGGAGAGAGCCUGCCAGAACAGCAACCCGAAGAAGAUCUACCUCCACAUGGCAGAGAUGCACGAGAAGGCCCAGGAGAGCGAGGAAUGCGAAGAAGUUUUCAAGGCAGCUGUGAAGAAGUUCAGACAUUCACAGAAGGUGUGGGUAGCGUAUCAGCUGUCGCGGCUUAAGAGAGGGGACGACGCUGGUGCUCGAGAGGCACUCAAGCGAAGCCUGCAGUCCCUGGCCAGGCACAAGCACGUCUCUGUCAUCUCGAGGUUCGCUCAAAACGAGUUUGAGCACGGGUCGGUGGAGAGGGGUCGCUCGGUGUUCGAGGGACUGAUGGCCUCCUACCCCAAGCGCCUAGAUCUGUGGAACGUAUACCUGGACAAGGAGGUGAAGGCUGGAGAUCUGAGGGCGGCGAGAAAUCUGCUGGAGCGAUUGUCGGGCAUGGACUUCAAUGCGAAGCGAAUGAAGGGGGUGUUCAAGAAGUACCUUCAGUUCGAGAUGGAGCACGGCGACGAGGCCGGUGUGAAUGCCGUCAAAGCGAAGGCGACCCAAUACGUGGCGUCUUUGGCCGGAUGAAGAUGGAGAGCGCAGCCCAUUGUUGGGUAGACAAAGCAAAAGCUGUGGCGCCGGGAUUUUUUUUUUUUUCGCGGUUCUCUUUUUGGCUGUGUCGUUCGUGACUACUGCGUCGUGGUAUGCAUAGGAGUGUGCGCAGGGACGGUGCAGCACUAGAUAGUCGUUGAAUUGUUUUUGGCUUUUAAUCGGUGCCAUGUGAAUCUCAUCGGUCUUGCCUUUGUGGGUGCGAAGGGUUUGUUGUUGCUUCACUACGGGCGAUUUUGAUUGAAUGUGGUUAUUUUGUCUCCCGCGGGUCAAACGACUGCUGGUAGAUGCUUCGUUUAGCCGCAUGGCGAGUGGGCGCGUGAUAGUGUUGAGCCUUCAGGGCGCGUGGGUGAUAUUCGUUUAGUUGUCACCUUAUGUAACCAUCCCACCCGCAGCAGUUGUAUAUUUAGUGUUUGUUUGGGUCCUGCCGUCACGGCGACUGAUUCUUUGCGCGGCGAAUAUUUGGCCGUACAAGUUAGGAGGUCCAUGGUGCUACAUGUUUCCCGGCCGUUGGUGAUUAGGUAUUCGUGUUAAGAGCAACUCUAGGGUUAGGGUUAGGGUUAGGGUGAUGUUUUUUCUGGACGAAGGGUUGGCAAUUCGGGCUCCAAUGCUCGUGGUACUCCUUUGUGGUGUGAGGAAGAUCCAUGGUCAUCAAGUGGCGCGAGUGACUUGUUGGGGGUAUGAUCUGUAAAUAUAUAUGAUGCAACGCUUUGGAGAAAAUGUACGUGAGAGGAAGCAAGCGAGAGUUGAAGCUCUAGGAGUGCACAGUCUGCAUCUCCUGAAGCCCCCCCGUUAAACCAAUGAUUUGUCGAGUUUGAGGUCUUCCAAGCGCAGAUGAUCAAUUUGGAACACGUCCAGCACAAGGCCUCUUCAGUAGUGCAAGGACUGUUCCUGCAUUUCGGAGUGUCUCCGUUGAAAAGGAAGCCGUUCUACGUCGCUACUGGCCGGGGAACAAGGAAAGCAAAACCUCGGGGGAAGAUCCGGAAUUUCUCGAUUGUCGUUGGCGUGUUGGGCAAUUGGGGAGUUUUAGUCAGCACAAUCCCGCAAAGAAGCAACAAAGAAAUCUUGUCCGAAAAUUCGACACUUGCUUAAGCGAAAAAUGUGAUGGGAAUCGAUGCAUGUGCUCGGUUGGCUCGUGUUGAUCCUUGCGGCAGAAUUGUCAACGAGACAUCGCUGUAGAGGCGAGCGGAGUGGCCUUGACUAUUCGUCAUUGACUCCUAUUGGCUUGCAGAUCCUUCGUGUCCAUUUUGUUUUCGUACAACUUAUUUUGGGUUAAGCUAGCAUGUAAUGACGGGAAUCGACCCCGUCAAGGGUAGACAGAAAGUAUACUAGAAGGUACUGAGCAGAGAGAACGGA